GUCAUAUAUAAUAUUGUGCAGCGAGAGGAGUAUCGUCUAGAACAUAAUUUGUUGUUACUGUUUGAAACAACAGCCGUCUUUUGACAAAAAAAACGAUGAGCGGCUUGCCAAAGCUCGUCCGCGCGGGCGGAUUAGUCCUAGUGUUAUGGCCUCCUUUUCCUUUGAAUUUGAUUCACAUCGCAAUGAAAGAGAAUCCCCAUCCCUGUCAAUGUGUGCAUUUCUAGGACCAUCACUUUCAAACUGAAACUCCUUACUUCGCAAGCAAAUACUUCUUCUAGGACCACUAUGAGUGCGACUACCACCUACUGCCAAUGAACCCACGGCCUCCGAACCCGAGGUCAAGACAGGGCAACCCCCUCCGAGAUUAACACGCGGCAAUGGAGCAAGUACACUCUAACAGCGGUGACUGGCGCGAUUAUCUUCGGUCCUUUGGGAGUAGGUGCUCUCGAGGGUAAGAAAAAGAUGGUGACCAUCCUGCCGAAGCUCGUCCGCGCAGGCGGAUUGCUGUUAUGGUCACCCUUGAUUCUUCACAUCCCAGGACGUCUUAGUCUCCUCGUCCUCGCUGUUCUAAAAAGAAAGACUCUCUAUUUUUAUUUAUUAGUCGAAAUUUGACCUUACUUCGCCUUCGUUCAGUAAGAACAUCCACACGACUCUAACCGCGGCAACUGGGGCGAAUCUCUUCUGUCCUGUGGGAGGGGACAAUCUCAGGGGCAGCAAGAUACUGGAACAGUUCGAGCAGGAGGAGCAACAAAUCCAGCAUUUUGGUGCAUCGAAUACAACUGCCGACACGAAUGGCGUCACCGCUUUUGAUUAAGGCUACAGAUAAGAUUAGGCUUGUGGCUGUCUUCGUAUUGAAUUAUUGGCUCUCAAAACUUCUGAAAGUUGAGAUCGAGUUCUUGAAAAGUACUGGAAGUAGGAAGAUCAAGAUGCGAGGAAGUGAAAUAAUAUGUAGAUGUUGUUUAAUGUGUGCCUAUUCCUCUAAUUUGACGAUGACGACCUGCAUAACGAGGCCGAACCUCCUCGCUCGAGCGCUUUGGAGGUCAUGAAGCUCUCAGGCACGCGUAUGGCACAGGUUUUUUGGGAUGGGAUUGGAUCCGCGUACGACUUUCUGGAGAGCGGCGCGAAUACUGUCACGUCCUGGAACAAUGCGGGUAGUGGCGACAACAACAACAGCAACAACAACAACAAAAACAACUUCAUCUCCGUCAGCGACCAAGAUGAAACUUCAUCCAACUACAAGACGUUGGGGUCCUCCACGUCCACCGCUCACACGGCUCACACUGUUUUGACGGAGAACAACUCCACCUCUGCUAGCUCGAGCGCUUUGGAGACGCAGACGCCUUAUUUAAAAAAGGCUUUCAACUACGCCAUAGGCAACAACCUCGACCCGGUUGUGGGUGACUUCCUCUCUGACAGUAGUAUUAUCCUCACUGAGACUGCUUUGUCCGAAGAUCUUUUUCUUCGGGAGCAUUUUAUCAGGACGGUCCUCUUCGGCGGCAAACUAGACCCACCACCUAAAUCUGAGCCUGAACUUGAAGGAUUCGAUCCAAUGACAUUACACAGCUAUGAUACUAGGCUGCAGGUGCCUCAAACCGCCUACACAGUCAACGAAAAAAAACUCCAAGAAUACUACAGAAAAAGAAAGAUGAGCAAUCCUUUUGGCGAACCAAUCACUACGAAAAAGAAGCAGAUGAUCAGCUUCGGCACGAAGAAGUUGUAUUCGUACGCGAGCGUUAGCCACAUCAUCAACGAGAUUUUUCUGCGCAACAAGGGGACCGGCCACGACCAUGAGGGCGAAGAAUAUGACGAGAAAAACUGCAUUCGCUUUCAAAAAGUUUGAAAAUCUCACUCCACCUCUGAAGUAGCUAGUUCUCUAUCCUAUUUAACUAGCUAGCUAAAGUAGUGCAAGAAGAUCCCGGACGCGGCCAACGCACCCGCAAGAGGCCUCAUAUCCCGUUCUGCCCGUCGUCGAUCGUCCGGCCCUAGGUGGGGCCUGACUCGUCCACUCCAUGGCUCUGCCGAUUCAUAGGAUCCUGAUCCAGUUCCAAGACCCCCGAAAUGUGUGAGAAUCAUGAAACUGCUCCAACUUGUUGAAAACGUUGCGCACGAUCAGGAUCACAAUGGUGACCAACAUGAUCAGCAUGGUGAAAGGCAUGAAAGCGAUGCACGCGACUAAGAUCAUGCAAAUGAUCAGCAUAGACAUACAGACGAACAACGGACACGCAUGAAGCGGCGCCCUUUCUCUUCUUUCUUUGCAGGUCGAGUCUACAUUUUAUGGCAGAGUAGUUUAUAGCACGCAUGGUGCAUGGAGUAGCAUGGAGUGCAUGGAGUGCAGAGCUUUAAGGGGCGCAAGAGGCUCCCUCUUUAGCUCCAUGCUACUCCAUGUGAUCCAUGCACUCCAUGCCAUGCGAGCCGUGAAGCCUUAUAAACUGCUCUGUUAUGGAUUCACAAAGUGAGCCAGUUUGCCACGCCGUUACAGAGUCCGUGCCCAUAGGCGACGGAUCGCUGAGCUAACUAUAAGCCCUCGCACGCCUUAAGUAUUUAGCUACUUACAAACGGGGCCCAAAUGCUUUUGCUCGUCUUUUGUUUUCAAAUUUUUUUUGGUAGUCUGAUUGCAAGCCGGCCUUUGGAAGUUCUCCGGCGGGUAAACAGGCCCUCCGGUAACAAGAACCACCACAGAGCAAAAAGGUCGCCCGACUGAUCUCAGGCGCCUCAGGGAGUCACUUAAAGAGACAGCAAAAGGAAGAAGUCCGUAAACCAAACUCGCAAAACGGGGCGGCCUUGUCCACCCUCGCGAGAUCAGCCCACCUCCCCACCCGAAAGGGCGGCGCGCGCGUUUGGCAAACAGCCACGCGGAAGCGUUUCGGAACGGCCUUGGCGUCCAUAUCACGCGGACCACUCUCAAACAUUCCAAGGGCCUGGACUUUAACGCGCGGCGCGUCGAUUUUCUAAAAGUCUCCCCGUGGACCUGUUUGCUGGGAGGCACUCGCCAAGAUGGCGCGACAGGCCUACGCCAAACGAGGGCAGCGAUACAGGCUCGCACCUGAUAGGGUCUCGCGGUUCCUCGAGCCCGAGCACUACAACAGGGCCGAACAGAAAGGGGCGAGAGCGUACUGAUGUGGCGCCGAGCGUGUCAGCACUCUCGACGGCGCCGGCGUCAAAUGCGGCGAAGGCGAGGAUAAGCGCUAUGGUCGCUUCAUCAAAAUCAAACGCGGGGGCUGGCAUACCUACAACCUUGCGCCACUCAUGCCACUGGCACGCAAGGGCACCAGUGGAGGACCAAGGAAAAGCCACCGGAGUCCUCGCAACUCUCAAAGAAGACAACGACAUCGAAGGCGUUUGCCCUUUCUCCUCAUUCGUGCCAACAGAGCGCCCCACUGGGGACACUGAUGACACACCUGGAGAGGCACUGUCGGACGCCAGUGCCCUCCCUGAUUUAGAUAAGGCUGAGGAAGACGGCUGGACCACGGUCAGAGGCCGCCUCAGGGUCGAGGAUAAUACAGUCCACCCGCUGGCUCAGGAAGCGAAGUGGGGAGACUAUGAUCCCUGGAAAAAGCGCCUCGAAAAAUAUCGAAACGCUUACGCGAAGCACCUCGGGAGGAGGGGCCUUGUGUACCGUGUCGAGCAAGCUUCGACCCCGGCGCAACGGAUGAGAGAAGACGCUUAGAAGCUGCUGGGAAGUGUCUGGGAAAAGUUGAAAAAUGGCCAGGCUCAACCUCAGAAAAGUAGAGAAGUGCAGGCCAUUGCUGUGCGCGGUGUUGUUGUCCUCCCUCGGGCGUGCUGAGCUUGUGGCCUCUCCUUGUCAGUUUUUUAAGCAUUCGAAAAACGGAACAAGCACCAAGGCAGCCAAGUGAAACACCACGACAGGCGUGCGCGUGGCUUUUGUCGGUAUCGGUUUUGGGCUCUUCGGUCGUCGUCGUGUUUGGUAUGGAUGGCAAAUGAGUGAGGCCAAAGCAAGCAGAGAAAGAGAGACCACAGAGGGCAAGGCUGCAAGCAUGAGCGCAAACGAGCAAGGAGAAAGCGAAGGCCCCAAAGGGUGUGAGCCAGAGAGAAGAUAAAGACAACAAAAGAAAAAGGAGAGAAAAACGCGCAAAACAGGACGAAAAGGGUGCCGCCUUAUGCGCACAAAGAGCAAAGAGGGCGAGGGACAAAGCGGCAGGCGUUGAGUGCGCUCCUGGCUAGUUUGAUUCUUUUGAAUUAUGUAAGUAACUAAGACACUGAUGGGCGAGGGGAGUCGUCUUGGGCUUUCCGAUUGGUGUGCAUGUGCUAGAAUAUUUCUGCAAGGCUUAACAGAGUGGCAAAGUCAUGGGGCGAGCGGCGCCCCAGAUUGAAGGAGCAAAUAAGCGGAGGCGGUAGCCCAUCCGGGUGCGCUUUGUGCAAGUAGUAGAAGCAACCCAAAACAUGACAACAACCAAAAAGCUUAGCAGCAUGGUGGGCAACAUUGCCCAGGCGUCGCCUGGCCAUGCUGGUGGCCUGGUGUCUCAGGUGGGCCGGCUCCGGUUUCUUCUGCUUUUUGUUUUGAUGCUUCUCGGGCUGGUGUUGUCGCCUGUUGUCUACGGGGCUGGUGAAGCCACCGCCCACACGGUAUCACCUGGGCCUUCGGCGAUAGAUUUUGACACACAGCCGCGACGACGAGGUCGCCCGCUUCUUGACAAGCAAACAACAACUAGACCUCCGAAAGCUGUGGAAGCUAGGCGCGCUGCUAACAGAUGCAGCAAAGACCGCCGCGAAGCGACUGGCAAGCCGACAAAAAAUGAGCAUUGUACAGUACAGAGUCGAGACCGAUGGGACGACGGCGCAGCAGAUGCGCCUCGAGAAUUCAGUCGCUGGAGGGCUCAGAAUCUACGCGCACCAAGUCGCCACUUUUUGCCCCAUCUGCUUCACCAUCGGCGGCAUCGAAGACGCAGGCUCUUGGUUUCUUCCUGACCGUGUUGCACUAUACCCAAACAGCGCACAGCGCGGCGAGUCGAAGAAAGACAGGAAGCCCGUCUUCAGGGGAUACGGUGAGGCUUAUGAAGUUGCUGACCAGAUCUGUAGCACACACGACCCCGAGGCGUUCUUCCGGGAUCUCCCAGAGUCGACGACGAAAAUACUCUCGCUAGCAUCUGACAGCGGUGGCAGUACGAUUAGCGCCCUCUUCUACCUUGGGGCAUUCCAUAUGGGCUCAGAAUAUCUGCGGAAGAGCGUCGCGCACUGGCUUGAUCGGUGCAAAAACCACCAGGCUGCACUAGUAUCAAAGUCAGCGGCGGAGAUGUGUCUUGGUAUGGCGGGACUCGGUCUGAAAGGAUGGCAGCAGAGGACAUACUUGCCGGCGUUUCUUUUUUUAGUGGGUGGCCUUCAGAGGGUCCUGGUCUAGUCCAUAGUGAAAGCCAUAGCUGAGGAGCAAGCGGGGCCCCAGCUGAAGCCAGUGAGCCAGCUGGCACAACAUCGAAAGAGACAGGCGACGCACUCCAUGGCCCGCCCCAUCUGUGUAGCACUUUUCUCAUCUUUUUGGUACUUAUUUCCAACCUUGAACGCUUGGCCUAUUGUUGGUCAGUUUUAUUUGUGUGCCCUGGUGCACUUUCAUCCACUUCGUCGGAACCACUUCAGGCGCUGUCUGUGAAGCUUCUCCAGCAAAAAAUCCAAGGACAGCCCCAGACCGUCGCGCAAUGGGUAGAAGAGCUCUCCAGCGCACAAACAACACCAAAAAAGCAAGAAGACCUGCGCGCGCUUCUGGGUAGGUGUGGAGCGAGUUCAAGAACAAAGAAGAGGCCAGCUUCUCAGGUGCAGGAUUUAGCGGCAGAGGCUGGCCGUCGGCUUCGAAGGACGAACGUCACUGAUGAAGACUACCCACUCCUUGUAUAAGGGUUGGAGCAGGCUGCCGCUGUGGACGCGCUGGCUUACGGUCGCGCAAGUCUGUUGCAGUUAUUGCGUCUGCGUGGCGUUCUUUCUGAGCAGAGUUCUCGUGGGCUUAGGCCGUCGGCCUGAUCAUGUCCUUCAACACACCUACGCAGUCGACUGGGCACCGAAAGAAGGCGGCCAGUUUCUCUCCGUUCUGUGCAUGUGGUUCAUUGGGAUAGUCAUCCGCCCGAUCGAGCAUUAUAGUGCGCGCAUGUUAGGCAACAACCGAAGCCGGCCGCGGAGGGACAAGCUCCGCCAUGCUUUUUCUGAAGAUUGCUGCGCGGUAUUGAAAUACCUACGGAGCAAGACGCAAGUCCUGAGCGUCAUGCGGAUCCUUUUCUCCAGUGUGGGCACCUCGGUGCUGCAGUUUUCGGCGUCGCAGUUGUCUCUGGUAUUUGUUUCUGGUUUGUCUUCUAGUUUGUUUGCGAGCUCUUCUCAUUCUUAGCAUGACCUGCGUCGAAGUGUUAUGAGCUGACGCCCCAUGUCACAGCGCUACUCUCUUUGUUGGUGAUCUCCUUGCCCGAAGGCUAGGAGGCGGCGUGACGUCAAGUAGAUGGGGAAAGCGGUGAAGGCUUGCCCAGUGUCUCCCUUUUAGAAAAAUCCAAAUCAUCACCAAAGUGUUUGAGAUCUCUUCUCCGUCUUCUUUCGGAUAAAUCUGCGUAGGCAGAUCGCGCAGCUGUGUGCGAUGCAUGCUACCGCUGCGAUUGUGUGGCGGGAUGGGCACUCAGAAGCGCGCGAGACUUGGCUGUGGGGGUUCGCGCACCAAGAGGAGGCUGCGACGCAGAUGCUAAAUAACUGGUCGGGAAACUACACAGCCGGGGGCCCCGGCUCCGUUGCUCUCUCGUCGUUGAAGCGCUGGCUUCUGAACCAGCCCGAGAAGAGGCGCAUGGGCCGGCUGAGAAGGUUGGCCAGCUUAUUGCUAGGAUGAGAAAGGACCAGCAAGCAACGCGAGAGGAAGAUAGGGCGCUACAAAAAUGAAUUGAAAGUAGACGCGUCAAGGGCGGCUUGAAAUCGACUCCGGGAGCAGAUUCUGCAGCAAAUCGCUCUGAUUGGCAAGCCGCUCGGGAGCAAGCGGGAGACGACCUUACUUAAAAGCUUUGAAGAAGAUACAACCUGCGGAGGAGGGGCAAGAAGAUGCACCAAAAACGAAGAGGAAGCACACAGGCCCGCGGGCUAUAGACCUGAAGCGCAGCCGCAGCGGGGGGAAUCACGCUGGUGACCAGGCGAGGGCCCCAAUAGAACGCACGCAGGCGCUGAACAAAUGGGGCUCAAGAGAUGAGCGCAUAAAGCACGCGAGGACUGCGCAGCGGGUGACGCAGAAGCAGGCGCUAAGAUCAGAGGCCUUCGGCGAUUCGUCUAGUAGUCACAACGAUGACCACGAAGAGGAGACGAGGCCAGAAACACUGCUGCGGGAGGAGGUAGCAUCUUACAAGCAGGCUGAGGAACUCCCUCAAGAAUCUUACAAAACAGAAGAAGGAGACUACAGGAAAACACUACCAGCGCGCUGCAGUGGAGUGCGGCAAAGUAUCAAGGUCAUGGAUCCGCCUCGUCUGGGGCUUCAUAGUGAGACGGUUCCAGCCUCAGCCGUGCCCGUCGCCCGGUGGUGCAAGAAGCAGAGGAAACGGCUCAAAGAGCUACGAGAAGAGGAGGCGACAGCGCAGCCGCAAGAGCCAAGCGCCGCGCUGUAUCUGCAAAACGAAGACGAUGGCUUAGAACUAGAAGAAGCGGGAGAUCUGUUUGAAGGACAUGAUCCGAAGGACAACGCUGACGCAGCAGCACAAGGGCAAGGGGCUAACGUCUCUAAUCUGUUGCGCCCUUCUUUAGUACGUAGCGAAGUUCUGGAACUCCAACGAGGGGCGCCACCGGUGGUUUUUGAUUGUUGGUGUUGUCUUGACGCCAGCAGCAUGCAAAGCUAUGCCCCUAGAGUCGCGGACCACGGACGCCACAAGAGGGCUCGAACUGCGGGGGGGAGUGCUGUUCUCAGUUCAAAAGCAAAAAGCGCACGGCCUGAACUACGUCAGCAACUUCUAUCGGGUGAAGCUGCAGCCAGAUUCACAGACAGGACCUGUGCGCAUUUUUUUAGGCGAGGAGUUGCGCCUCCGUUCCGAAGUUGGUCCAGGAUGGCAAUCCAACUUCCAGCAAGUAGAAGAAAGGAGCUACCGAAGCAGUAGUGAACCGGAACGCGACACCUUUUGAGCGGGCGGGCCUGCAGCACAACCCCAAGGAAAUCCUUCAACCCCCCUAGUGCACGUCCUUCGUCAACCCCACUGCAAAAGCCAAAGCUCUCGCUAUGAACAAGUGCCGCAAUUUCGCUCUACCAGUAGAAUCCGCUGACCCGUCGGAGAUGGCUUGCUACGGCUCCGUCGGUGGAGAAGCCGGCCUUCACCAACAAGCCAGCGGUAGCGUCAAGCAGUAGCUCUUCAAGUACAACAGGAGCAAAAGCCGCCGAUAUGCUGCCAGUAGAGGCGCGCCAAUUUAAGCGCGCUUGCCGCAGAUCUCAGGCCAAGCUAGACCCUGGUCGGGUGGAUGGGUUUAACGUAAUUGAGGAGACGGACAGAGCGCCCGCGAAACAAGCGAAGAAGGACGCGGCCAGGCUGAAGGCCAUAGUAGUAGACCCAGCACUCAGAAAGACGCUCCUUCGACGUCUCAUCUGUCCGGCUUUCGACAUGCACUGCAAAGCGCGCACCCAGGCGAACAGGUCAAGGCGGUUGGGAUCUGGCUCGCUCGAAUGGUUUGGGGCGGUCUUGAACUUGUGGCGCAUCAGAAUCCGUCUCCUUUGCGAGCGUGGUGGUCUACAUAUUGCGCGCCCGCGCUUGACUCCCGGCGCGGGAAGUGUCACGCUCUUGCGAAGUGCGUGGGAGAAUUACCGGUCUGAGAUCGAAGAGCACGCCAUCGAGCUGGCGCACGGCAGCCAGGCGAAGCUACAAGAGAUCAGAGAGGAGCUUCAUACUUCUGACCGGAUGCUGGCGCUGUUCAUCUUGGCGCCGAAUGCUAUUACUUGGAACGACUUCCCCGACAGCGAGCGGACUUUUCUGGCAAUUUUGGUAAGAUUUGGCAAGAGUGCAAAUUUUGGAAAGUUGCGAUGUUGCCAGAGCUUCAAGCUAAGACUUCGCGAUGCGUUUUCCGCGGGGGCGGCGCGUUUUCAGCAUAAGUCUUGCGGCGUAGGGCGUCCGGAUCUGCAAGGGGCUGCGGCAGGCACUGAAAGUCUGGGCUGAGGCAGGGCUUGGGCUUGGGGCUCGGCGUGGGGUUAGCAGACGCUGGGCGCCUAGGGAAGUCUCUAACCAGACGGUUAGAAGUCUUGGGACAAGUCUCGCCUGGGCUUGCGUGGAAGUCUUGUAGAAGUCUUUGCGCCUUUUCCGCUUCCCGAAGCUUCCCUCGACCGUAUGGGCUUCUUUUGGCAAGACUUCCACAGACUUCCAGGCCACCCUGUCCGAGACUUCCACGAGCUUCCAUAGACUUCCGCAGAGGCCUGCGCAAAUCGACCCCAGACUUCUACGAUGAUCAAGCCAGACGUCUCCCAGGAAAGGCUGGCAGGCAGUGCUGGGAGCUCGAAAGCCUUCCGCCGACUUCUGAAGGCCUCCGUAAGGCUUGCGCAGUUGGCGAGGCAUCGAAGGGUGGGCUUUGGGGGGGGGCUAGGCGGAGCUGCGAGUGUCGUGCGGGCAGGGAUGCUGCGGCCGAGCGGCGGGGCCAAGUGUUGCUCGAAAGAAUAGCCGAGGGCGAGUCGUCUUUGGAAAGCGACGACCUAGCAUCCCAGGAAAACGCUUCGCGCCUUAGUCUCUCGGAAAUAUCUGAAGCACUAACAUGCUACUCAGUGGAGCACUGCCGUGCUGCCCUAAGUAUAUCUGAGUUUGGGCAUCAGGCUGGAGGUGUGUCAAUACUACAAAUGGCCACUAAGUAGCCCGGUCCUCCGUCUAGAAGUAGAGGCGUGGGAAUUCGCCAGCUGUCGCCCCAUUCAAGCAAGACACAGAGGCACACCGCGACACUUUUGGACUAUUUAGAAAGUUUCUUUAGAGCUUGCAUUUAAAUAACGCUCGGGCGCCUUCGCUUCUGCCGGAUACCUUCUGAAAAUCAGACGCAUUCAAUGUAGAAACUAAUGCGAUGCAGCUGCUUCGUCGUGGUAUCCUUGUCCUUCUCCCGUAGAAAUAAGAAGGCUAGCCUAAUCAGUAAAGGCGAAGACGUCAUAGCUUGGACUUGCAUGGCGACAGCUUGCAGGCUCAACUUUGGGCAAAGUGCUGCGCUUUUGAAGGGUCACGAAGCAAAUGCUGCUGGGGAGCUGCAGCGCUGACGCUGUUGCUUCAGGUGGAGAGACAGAGAUGGCGCCUGCGGAGACUGCAGCGCCAGGCCUCGUUUCUGUCUGAAGAUCUAGGGUCUCAGCGUCUACUCGUCGGCCGAUCCAGCGAAAAGCGUAAGGGCAGAAGUCUGAAGCAAACGAGAGACCGAGGGCAGCGCAGUCCAGUGAGGGCCAGACAUGGAUCAAGAUCAAAACCGCACAGCAUGCCGUCUGUUACAAAAGCGAAGCCACUCGCUCCAGCGAAGCGCGACCAGUCUGGAGCUAUUCAGAGUCGCAAAAGUUGCCCUUUUUUGAGCAAUAGAGCAAAAGCGCACAGGCCUGACUCACAACGCGGACGGGGAGGCAUAGACUGUAGCCGAGGGACUCGCAGGAGUAGACCAUAAGUAGACGCGGCGUCCUCUCUCGUGAUUCUUGCUCCUGGUGUUGUGGAAAUCGUAACGAGUCGAAAUUUCCGCGACAUUUAGACGCGAGCUUGCCCCAACGAGGAGGAGGCUGAGCUUCAAUACAUCCAGCCCCAGCCCCGGAACUAGGCAGGACAAAAAUAAGAGCAAGCUUCUACUCCCUCUGCAGUCUCUCGCUAGUACUCUUGCACUGCCGCAGGCAGUUGCUAUACGUCAACAUGCCGAACAACUCCACAAAGGCGGCGAAAGACCUCCUGCCAGAAAAUUGAAGAAGCAAGACACAGACGAAACUGCGCGCGCAGUGCGUCGGCAGAAUGGGACUGCGGUACUACAGAACGGCUUGACUUUAGGCGCGUCCUUUCUUUGGCUUGGAUCUAACCCCUCUAAAUCGCUGACGCCUUGGCUGAGACCUGAAGUCACUAAAUUGCCGACGUGUUUACCUGCUGCAAAUAGCACACUACUCACUUACUGAGUUCAUAUUAACACACGGCCACGCUCUUGCAUGUGCCGAGCCCCUUACGCUUCUCUGUCUAUCCUGAUAUCAGCCGAAAAAUCAACAGGAGACGGCAACGAACAUCAGCGCCGCCAAGGCUUUGGCGCGCGACUACAACAAGGGCGGCACGAGGAUCAACUCCCGGACUGACUGAGUUGCUUAUCAGCAUACUGGAAGACGAAACUGGUAAGCGGCUCUCUCUCCAACAUGAGAGAAAUCUGGCAAGAGCACUGAAGAAAGUGCCUGGGCUGAUCCGCGAAGUAGGUCGAAAUACCCGCGCGGGCAAGGUGUCAGAGGCGGCGAUGGCUUUGAGCCGCGCGACCUUCUUGGACUUGAGCGAGGCAGAGGAGCUGACAACUUUGACGGUGUUACUGUUCUGUAGUUUCAGCUGUUGGGAUUUUCCGGCGCUUUGCCCUGAUUUAGAAAAUUGAGAAUGGUGUGACUAUUUCAAAACUCUGAAACAUCACACGGACUACAACUGGAUCUGGUUUAUGCCUUAAUUUGAAACAUCUUCGAGGACCUCUCCUCCACCUCUCUAAGUGUGGCCAUCUCUUCUCCACCUCCAGGAUCGCGCGGCGCUUCGAUUCGGGUCGAUUUCUGAUGAAGAGAAUUGUCUUCGCGCAUUGGCUGCCUGUGGCCACGUCAUGCCGUGGCUGAACCAUGACAAGGCCAAGGCCAAGCUGGGGGCCGCGGCUGCCCUCGCGUUUAUAGAGGGGGGCUGCAAGGCCAGAAAAUCUGCGACCGAGUGCAGAAAGAAGUCGCUUGAGGCGGUGGACCUCUGGCGCCAUGGCAAAGGGCGCAAGUUCGCUCUACAAGAGUCUUCGCAGCUGAUGCAGCUGAAGAAGAGCUGCGCCAUCAUCAAGAAAGCGCGGGCGGAGAUGAAAGCUCAAGAAUUGAAGAAACAGAUCCAGCCCUUGCUAGCGUUGAAGGAUUGGCGUGGCAAUCCGCUAUGGGUAUUCUUUACCGGCCUCACUAACGUAAUAACUUUCGCACCGUUUGGAUUGUUUGGUGGAUUGAUAUAACUUCCCAUUCUGAGGAGCGUGAGAGAGGAGGGAGCCCUCGCAGAUUUUUCUGUGUAAGAGCAGCAGCUUCGCCGAAUCCUUCGCCACUAGAUCCACCAUCGUCACAUCUUAGGCAAGAAACUUAGAAAGUGUCACCCUUGCAGGCAAUCGGCGUCGCGGCUUUAGAUGAGCUGUUGCUUAUUGUGACAAUCCACGCAGCGAACAUUUUGAAGAAGGGAGAAACAAAGACAGGAACUUACUACGGCACGCUUUGAGGAGGCUCCUGAUCAGUCUGAGGGCGCAGAGCUCUUCCUAUGGCGAAUCUGUGCGCGGUUUCUCCAUGGAGACGAGGCAACGCCUGAAGUUGAUAAAUUGGCACUCUUUGGGUCCUUAUCUGUUGGCCUUGAUCUUGCUCCACAUCGUCAAACCUCUACUGAGAUGAAGACGCAGGCGCUUCUGAGUCUGUCGAAUCCUACUUCCAUCCCAUGAAAAACCACCCCUGGAAAAGUCUUGCGUCUUCUUAUCUCCUCUACAGAUGGGCCUCGGUCUGGCGACGGCAAGUCCUUAACAUAAGUUAAGUUGGAGAAGGCCUUCACGGUCAAGAAGGACAAUCCACACGCGGCUUCUCUGUCUUUUCGCAAGUUCUUGCAGCGUAUCAGGGGCAACGGGCCUCGCAAAUACUACAAACUAUCGGCAACCCUCCUCGGGGGGUUGCCUAAUGGGUUCAAGAACGAGCUUGCGCGCCUGGACAAGCUGCGAAUCGACAGCAGUAUCGAAGCUUUGCUUGGGGCUCUAGAGAAGUUGGCGCCCCUCGUCACCUCUACGACUGAGGCGAACAAAGCCACGAAGGGCAAAGGGAUGGAUGACCUCGCGCAAACGGUCUGGCAUGACGGCACCAAGGAGGCAGACCCGAUUUGCCCCAUGUUGCGAGGGGUGCGGCGUCUCACUAGAAGCUGCUUUCGUCAAGGGGCUGACGAAGAAGACGGGGCCAAGGCUUUCCUGGUCAACAUGGAGGAGGCAGACCGCCGAACGCUCAGCGCGUUUCCCGAGCUGUUUGACAAAUGGCGCGCCUUUUUGUUCGCGUUUCGUGCGCGAGACAUUGCCAACGACACAGCCAAGGUCAAUGCUGCGCGUGCCAGUGGUAAUUAUCUCUACACGAUUUGGCUUGUGAUAUGAAGAGCAAACGGCAGCGCAUGCUCGUGGGAGAUAGGUUAGCUUGGUCGACGUGCUCACUUUUGGAGCCGUCAUCUGCAGCGCCAUCGUCUGCAACUGAGAAACUGCAACGCCAUCCCCUGCAACUCCCAUCAUACCAAAGCACUCGCCUCCACUUCGAGCGACCCCCUUGGACAAAUCUGAAGAAUCUAAAUCACGCCUGCAGGCACGUUCGCGGACGCCGACGCAGUGGCUGCGUGCAAUGCGAUCGACGAAGCUUGGGAAUUUCUCGCGAGUGUACCAAAAGAGGAGUGCUGCAAGCUCAUCAAAGCAAAGUGGCCCCAUGGCGUUACCGCUGGCGAAGCAUCAGCGAACGGUGGGAACAAGGUGGAAGAGGUCGCGACCAGUCUGUAGAUGAAGCAGAAGACGCAGGCGAAGACUGUAACCGAAGGGGAAUGUCGCAAGGAUAGUACAUAGAUUACUGCUCUCCCAUGAGUGCACCAGAUACAACACGACGAGGCGAGACCGAUGCGAAUUCUUUGGCUAGUGUCUCUCUCUUGAGCAUGAAAGUCUUUCAAUUCUGUCGCGGCCUUUCGUAUAGAAAAAUGCGCAAGCAGAUAAUAGCUCUCACCUGACAAAUGUAAAAAAUGCAAAGCAUAUAGUUAGACUCGAUAUGUAACGACACUAGUUACAAUGCAACUUCCUGGAUAAAUAUUCGUCAUCUUCUACGCAUUUCGCGCCUGUUGUUGGUCUCUCAUCACUCUGCCCGGCUUGUGCAUGUAAAAGCAGACGCUUCCAACAACCAAAAUAAAAAACAAGACCAGAAUCAUGACGGUGAUGCAUGCGGCUACAAAUACACAAAAACAAUCUGCGUAGCUUUUCCGUCAUCUCUGAGAGUUCUGAUCUCGGCCAUAUACUUACACGCUCUUGAUGGUAAGAGCACCAGCGAAGCGCUCACAUUGAAGAAGAAGGGGGGCGCACUUUGUCAAUGGGCAUCAUCUCACGCAAAUGCAUCAGCGUCAGAAUCGUAGUAGAGUUAACGAAAGAACUCCAAGCAUGUGACUGGUAGCAUUGUAGUGAAAUAAUGAACAUUCUUCGCCACGUCUCUAAGUCGCUCCUCGCAAGCUUCUCGCGAUCUCGUAGCGCUCAACAAUCUUGGUUCGGCGUGAGGGGUCGCGGUGGCCAGCCAUGAAAGAGCGACAGUAGUGGUUUUGUUGUGGACAGAUUGCGCCGCCGUCGUGAUCUUGUCCACAACUACCUUAAACACGUUUCGCGCAUCUUGUGUCUCAUGAUCUAAAUGCCCCGGACAGGCGCCCCCUCCUGCGUGGUUGAAUGGAGAUGGGUCGACUAAUGUUGGAGCGUCUUCGCUUGUUGCGUAUUCACCUACACGCACCAAAUAGAUACCAGAACCGCUGGGCCCUGAACAGCUACGAAAGCCCUUCGGCCAUCAUUUGAAACAAAUCAAGCACAGGGCUACACUUUGCACCACGUCAAAAGCUUACAAAAGAACUCCACUUGAGCAGUAGAGCUAACUAACACGGAACACACUCCAGCGGGAGGGUCGGAACACUUUCGGGCCCAUCACCUUCAGAGCACCGCGCGGGGGCUUUCUUUUUGAGGGUGCUGCGGCUUGUGGGAGGGUUUCACAAGCUAGCACCCUUGGGGUCAGGGCAAUAAAUGAAAAGGGCGACGCUAUGCGGGACGGGAAGCGCCGGGGGACACAGCGGAAGCACUCAAUGGGCAGAGAGGGCGCAGCGGUUCAAGAUUGGGGGGAACGUCUUGAGGGGACGAGAGAGUCUGUGUUCGGGAGCGCUUGUUGUGGGCGUGGGGAGUGGGUCUACAGAUGCCGGGGCCCAAGGUGGAGGGCUUCAUUGAAAGAAACCACCUCGGGAGAAAUUCCCGAGACUUCCCGGGGAUUUCCGCGCGGCAGAGGCCAUCCGCCCGCGCCCAGGUCAACAAGCUACCAAACUCAGGCAAGGGCGCAGCGAUCGCCUGACCACUAAAGAGCUUGAAGAGGUGGGAGGCGUCCUCGCUGAAGUUGAAACUUUCCAAAAUCCUGAACAGCAGCAGAAGCUGCGGGGCGAUUUCUGGCGCCUGAUCGAGUUCGACGCCAGUGCGCAAAACGUCGCCACAGCCGAGCGGGACUCUCGUCCUAUCUUCAACAUGCAAGGCAAAAGAUACGACGACGAACGAAGUCGCAGGAAUGUGCUUCCUCAAGGGUAUCGGCUCGGACUUGUCCACGCAUGGGAUGCAAAGAAACUCUGCAGCGUGAGCCGAAGGGCGGCCUUGAACAUGAGAAAGCGACCACGGGCACGGAGACGAAGCCCACUCUCCACAGCAGAGCCAUCCUUGGCACGAAUGAGCGACCCUCGCCGGAUGUUCUCGCUCACUCUGCAGCCAGCUCAGAAGAAAGCUGCCGAAGAAGAAAGGUAGAGGACUCCCUUCCGCAAAGGGAAGGGAAAGAAAGGGGGGGCAAAGGUAAGAGAGGCAAGAUGAGGCACGACGGUGGCUCCAACUCUGAUAAGACGAACACCGAUAAGAAGAAACAGACCGCACAAGAAAAAAAAAGGGAGUCGACCCGCGACCAACAGCGUCGCGGUCGACGAGCCUUGGCGACUAUCUAAGCCACAGAAGGCGAAUGGCUUUGGCUCGGGCCAGGUCUCUUAUCGACUACCCGUAGCCAAAGUAGGAUGGUCGUAUAGCAGGUGGCGGCCACCGCGACCAAGUCAAUCUCUCAGCCUUAGAGCUUGAGGGGAGGGAGCUGGAGAGAGCGGCUAGCGUUGUGGAAUUCUUGAAUGGACACAAAGUUACAGCAAAAGUUGAGAAGUAUUGCCUCAUCUCGAAAGGGAUGGAAAUGGUGGGCAUAUGCUCACCGAUAGAGAGGAAGGAGAGACAGACUGCACCAGCCACCGCGCCUCCAUGCGUUCAAUGUGAGGAACGGCCACGGCGGGCGUCUUCAGUCGCCAACGUCGACGACAUAGAGGGCAAUAAACCUUCCCCAUGCUCGUGCUGCAUAGGGAGACAACAGGAGAGGACUGUCGCAGCGUUUUCGCCUCAGAUGCAAGAAGACGCUGACGACUUCGACAGAGUCUCACUGCGCGCGACACUGUCGAGAAGCGCGUCUACAGUGGGUGGCUACUCGACAGCGGCGCAGAAGUCUUCCUUGUCAGGGGUCAGAGCUUGAUCUGAGGCGUCGUCGGUGCGGGCACCAUAGUCCAAGCUGACGGAUCUCCGGUCGAGGGGGGAGCACGGGCCUCCCUCAAACCCCUCAAGGCGGAGGAAUCACGCUCCUCCAUAUUACUCAUAAGGAGAGCGCGCCAUAGUCUGAGGCUCGCGCACAACAUAGCAAGCCUGGAAGUACUGCUAGAGUCGGGCCUUACAAUGUCGCCCACUCUAGACAAACUGCACGCCCCCAGUGGCGAAGCAGUUGAUGUAAUCAAGAAGGGCCGCCAGCGGUUCGUAAGGUUCUACUUCUACCACGAACCGAGGCCCGCAGAUAAGGCCCUCUCGAUCUCGGAGACGGCCCUACAAAACAAAACGGGGCAUAUGGCACAUCUCUCAAACUGUGAAACAUGCAGACAGAACAAUAAAGCUCGCCGGAAGCCAUUCAAAAAGGCCACAGCGCCAGAGCUUCUCCCCAGUGAACCUAGCCACGCAAUCUAUCUGAUCAGCGUGGACUUUUGCGGCCCCCUGGCAGCCAGCGGCAGUGGCUGCAAGUAUUGGGUCGCCAUGGUUGGCCGGUGCGAAUCUUGGGCCGAGGCAAUCGGAGUAGAGCGAAGGCAGACGCCCAUAAAGCUCUAUAAAUCUGGAUGGACAAACACGGCGCGCCGAGAGUUCGUAGGCUUGACAACGGAAAAGAGUCCGGAGGAGAGUUUCUCAAGCUACUCCGUAAGAAGGCAUGGCUUAAAGCCGCGCAAAUCGUCUCCGCACUCAUCGGCGCAGAACGGUAGCGUGGAAGUCCAUGGCCGACUCGUAACGCAGGGGGUCAAGUGUCUGCUUGACGCUGCAAAGUUACCAGAAAAGUUCUGGAGCCUUGCAGCGCAAACGGACUGCCCCGCGCUCAAUCGAGCGCAAAGACUGGCACUCGGUUCACAGUCCGCGUGCCAGACGUGACGCGGAGCGCCUCCGCCUCUCAAAUUUAUGUGAACUUUUGGGGCGCUUUGUUGAUGUAAAGCCUUCGCGUGGACGAAGAUGCGGCGGGCGUGCCUCCUUGGCAUAGUCGUGGGCUACUCGCAUUGCCCUCCCGACUACUUAGUCUGGGACGAAACCACGAGAAAGGCCAUCAAGGCCUGAGGAGUCGACUCCGGCAAGGAACCAACCUUGCCGGAGUGCGUUCCUUCGGAGUGGGCGCUGUAUCUGGAUAAGUUGGCGCAAGCUGUGGACAACAAGCCCAGAGAGGUGCAGAACUCUGACCCAGCCGGCAGCGGCAAAGUAGUGACUCUGCCCGUUAAGAUAGUGGACAGGCUACGAGUUCUGAAAAGCCUUGACAGAUAGGCUCAAGCGCUUCAGCUGCGGCGAUACAAUCCCCACGAAGCUCAAAAGACAAGGAGCGUCGGCGCUCUGUGUCAGCAAGCACUUCCCUGCCGACCUUGGCACAUGUGUGCCUUAUAGCGCAGGCCUUUGCCCCGCAGUGGCCGACCCAAUAAAGGCACGCGAGAGCUAUCCUCCCCUCAUGGAGAAAGCGGAGAAGAUCUUUUUGAAAAAAAUAAGAGCGGAAAGCCCGCGCUCCAGUGCUCGAAGGGGCGCCAUACAUAGGCCAGGGGCACUCGCUGAGACGCUGGCAAAAGAACCCAACCUGAGUGAGCGCCCAGUCCAUCUUAACCUGCAGCGAGAACGGGAGAGACGCAGUCGCAACAAGGAAGAGGGGCCCCUUCUCCCUUGUGGACGAACUGCGGGGGUGACGUUUGUCGAGGAGUUGCCCCCCGACAGUGUGCACUUGCUGCAUCGCCAACAUCAUGGACGCCGCGCCUGAUGUAUUUUCUGGCGAGGCUACGGCUGCUCAGACCUUCGACGGCCGUGCCCUCCUGCUAUGAACUCUCUCGCGCAAACAGGCGCACGCGGAAGAUUCAGGAGGCUGGACAAAAGCGGAGCAAGCUGAGCUAAAUCUGAUCAAGGGGCGAGGCGUCUGCGAUGAAGUGGCGCGCAGCGACCUGCCUCACGGCGCGAAGCCUGUGCCCAUUAGGAUCCUCCACAAUGUAAAAGAAUUUGGCCGACUUAAGUGUCGCGCUGUAGUUCUCGGGAAUCGAGUAGACUACCAAGAAGGCGCCUACCCUCCCGCCCCUCGGGUCUCAAGGAUAAGGCUGCUCAUCAAGGUGGCAAUGGCGCUCGGUUUUGAUCUUGAGCAGUAACGAUGCGAAGACGGCGCUGACAUCGUCGGCGAGGGUGUCCAUUGCAUUGCACACCUCCACCACAGUGGCGCAGAGAGGGCUUCGCCUGGAAGCUAAAGAAUGCCCUCUGUGGUCUGAAGAGCCCUCCCGGCACUCUGGGCAAAAACGUUCGCAAAACACGCCACCAGCUCCGGUCGGAAACAAAGUGAGAACCGGCGAGCCGUCUCUGUUCUUCCACGGCAAGCGCCAAGUCUGCACGCUCGGUCGCGCACGUGGGUGGCGUUGUCUUUCUAGGUCGGAGAGAGAACAUAGCCGCGGUUCGAGGCUCAGCCCUCGAUAGGUUUGGGCGCAAUGAGUGGCAACCAAGACAACAAGAGGACGGCGGGCAUUCGUAUAAGCUGCCGCGCGUCAACGUUUUCAAAAAGAGCCGCAGACUGGCCUCGAGUCAAGAAAGUCUGGCCGAUAAGAUCUUGCAGGACUUCGACCCAGACAAAACGACCAAGGAAGCCGCUUCUCCGAUAACGCGCGCGAAGAUCGACCGGCUCGAAAAAGAAGCGGCCGACGGCACAAGCAAAGGGGCGAAUACCUUGGCGACAAAGCACACCCAAAGGCAAUUCGCCGGCGCAGUAGUGUAUCUGUGGACAUCAACCAGAUGCGGCCUAGUAUCUGUCGCCCGGUAUCUGUCGACAUCUCUAGAGGACCCCACACAGGAGGCCCCAGCCACGCGUUUGCGAUCGAGUCGCCGGGCAUCUCCUAGGGACUCGCUAGAGGCGCAGACUGGCCCUGAGUCCAGAAAGUCUGGUCGAUGAGAUUUAUUUUGCAGGACUUCGACCCAGACAAAACGAACAAAGAAGUCGGCACUCCGAUAACGCGCGCGGAGAUCGGCCGGCUCGAAAAAGAAGCGGCCGACGGCACAAGCAAGAAGACGAAUACCUUGGCGACAGAGCACACCUAUAGGCAAUCCGUCGGCGCGCUGCGUAGUGUAUCUGUGUACAUCAACCCGAGACGACUUAGAAUGUGUCGCCCAGUAUCUGCUGACAUGUCUAAAGGACCCCACACAGGAGGCCCCACGCGUUUGCGAUCGAGUCUUCGGGUAUCUCCUAGCGACUCGCCGCCUCAGCUUAAACAUUGACGGCCGCGACGGAGAUUCAUCUCUCUGCGCGUGGUCUGAUGCUGGCGGGGCAACAUGCAAAAAGACAUGAGGGCCCGCCUCUGGCGGCUUAGUGGAGGCAGGGGGGGGGCAUCCUUACGCUUAUGGCCUGGCCGCGCAGCAAGAGGCAGCCGCAGCCAGUGGUAGCAGUAUCCACCACUGGAGCGGAACUCAUCGCCGCGACUGAAGUCGCAAGAGAAGCGGCCGAUCUCUGAAGACUUCUCCGAGGGUCUCUAGCUGACCUUGGCAACAAUCACCAAAGGAACUCAGUGAGCGCCCGCGGGCGGCUGGAGAGGUCACUCUCUCAAGUUCUGUCACUGGUCGACAAUAAAAGCGCAAAAGCGAUCCGGAUCCGCGAAAGCCCAGAAAUCCGCCGCGUCAAGCAUAUGGAUCGGAAAACGCUUUGGACUUGUGAGGUCGUAGGUCAAGGAAGAAACACGCUUCACCAUUCCCCUGCAGAAGAUCAGAAGGGCGACGCCUUCGCGAAGGCUCUCCGCAGAGCGGCCCUCACUAAUCUGCUGGCAAAGAUCGCGGGCGAAAAGCCAAAAGCAAAGAAUGCCCAAACUUGGAGAAUGGCUGGCAGUUCCACUAGCAAGCGUUCGAGCUUGCAGCGAUCAAAGAAGAAAAUAGGCAACGAAGUAGACCGCUGCGAGGCGCAUCGGAAUAAGACUCAUUCUCGAGACCACGUCUGGCCAUCCGACCAGGCGCGGCUGUUUUUUGUCUCUUCAGUUUUUUUUUCUCCGUCAAAUUUGAUUUUUUAAAAAAAAAACUUCUUUUGGUUUGUGGGUCUUGUUUUAGCAUUCAGAGGCGCUGUCUUCGUCUAGGUUUCUAAUGUCAUCUAUUGCGUAUCUAUAUAGUAAGUAGCUCGCGUGCUUUGCUUUUCAGCUUACAAAGGUGUCGGCCAGUUCCUCUGCGUCGUCCUCCACGAACAAAAUCACGGCGGGGCGGCAGCACCUUACAGCCGCGCCCCUCUCGAAGGAGGUGGCGUCGGUUUUCCGGGUGGCGAAAGUUUUAAGAAAGCUACUCGGGAUGCGGUCUGCCAUUCGAGCAGCGUAAUGGUGCCGCAAAAACCGACACCGCCAGCCUUGCCUCCCGCCAUUGAAGCCCGCGCAGGCAUUCUCUGGGACUAUUGUCACUCGUUGGCGCGUCCUCUUCGCGGAUGUCGUGGCGCUAUGGAAUGGGGCCAGUGCGUUAGUUUUUGUAUGCUCUGCAUGUUCCUCGGCAUCGAAGAAACUUGGAAAGAUUGGAGGGAGCGUCGCGGCGUGUCUAUCUCCGUGCACUAUCCCAAGAAGCUGGACACCAUGCCGGAGCGUUUUAAACAGGGGCGCUGGGAUUUGCAAACUAAGGCGCGCGGGGGUCGUCUUGGCGAGUGGUGUUCGAAGAUACGCCUUGGCGACUCCUCAGCGCACGUCGGGGGAAAGCGUAGCAAGCGCAGCCGGCUCGUGCCGCUACGAUUGUGACCCAUCUCGAGGGGAUGCAACUAGUGGAGCCGUUGGCAGAAAGGUCACCAUGACAAAAGCAGAGGCUCUGCCGCGUUAUCCGCACCCGGGUGAGUGGAAUUCUCCAGGCCAUGUGGCCGAGGAGCCCAAGCCGAAAAAGGGAAAGAACAAAGGCGGCAAAGCCAACAAGGAGAGAGGAGGCAGCAAGCCAGCCGAAGACAAGGGAAAAGAAGCGAGAGCCGAAGGCGAAGCCAAGGCUGAAGCAGACGAAGAGAAGGGCGCCAAAGGAAAAAAGGCCUCAACGAGGAGCAACGAGGGAAAGGGGCUGGCGUUAUCCUUAAACGACCCAGAGCCCCGAGCUCGUUGACGCUGGGUGCGUCUGCGGAACUACAGCAAGGAGAGGAAGGUCUUCCACCGGGUGCAGGUCCAAGCUGGUCCGAUCUUGAGGGCUGGCACCGACUUCGGCGAACUUUAGAAGAAACCAAAAGGAGGGAGUAUAUAUAAAGAGGAAGAAGAAAAAGGGCGCGCUAAGUCAUCUCAAACACAGUGGGCACGCUUUCAGUCGUGCUAUACAUUCAAAGGGCACCCAUCCACUUUCGUGCAUCAUCGCCAAACGCAUUACCUUGCAAUGGCGGACUCUUCUGCAUCUUUCACAUUUCUAGGAUUAAACAGCACGAGCUUCAAGCGCAUUACUUAAGUGAGUGGCUGCAGACUAAGGGGGGCGCUGGUCCAGUUCCAACACCCCCGAAGUGUAUGAGAAUCAUGAAGCUGCUCCAACUUGUUGAAAACGCUGCACGCGGUCAGGAUUACAAUGGUGACCAACAUGAUCAGCAUGGUGAAAGCCUUUAAGACAUGAAAGCGAUGCGCGCGACGAAGGUCAUGCAAAUGAUCAGCAUAGGCAUGCAGAUGAACAACGGACACGCAUGAAACGCCGUUCAUUCUUUUCCUUCUUUGCAGGUCGGGCCCACAUUUUAAGGAUUCGCAAAGUGAGUCAGUUUUUCACGCCGUACAGAAACCGCGCCCAUAGACGACGGAUCAGACCCCCCUACUGUGUGCGAUCUGAGCAGCCGGGACCUUCUUGCGUAGCUAGUUUGAAUUUAGUUUAACCUUCACUAGCUAGUUAAAAACCUAGCUGACUUUUUGAAAGUGAGUGCAGUUUUUCUUUUCAUAAAGGAGACCGACUCCUGAUCAAGCCGGUAGUCUACCGGAUCCCGACAGAGAUUCCCGAGGACAGGCUAAAACUUUCAGUAGUGUUUUACUCUGAACGACUGCCAAAGGGAAAGGGCAAAGGGGCUGGGGGGGGCUACCUUGUCACGGAUCGCCUUGGCGAGGUGUUCGAGGGUCCCUCAGGCAAUACUCUGCUGCGUCCGGAGGAAUGGGUGACACAUGCGACUAGUGCGCAGUUCUUCGCGCCUGACGGACUUGUAGAAGGUCGGUAUGUGCAGCAAGUGGAUGGAUCGCCUUAAGCAUGAGUGAUAGGGCCAGCAGGUCCCCAAAAUUCUCGAUGUUCUAAAUUUCACGGGUAUGAAGGUCAUGGAUUUCCUCAGCCUUGUGUCGUUCCAAUUCUAUGCGUCUCAUGGUGAUGAAAAUAAUGAAGAACAUGAAGCCAAGCAGGAUUAUCCUGAUCAAGAUCAGGACAACAGAAGAACAAGAGCAAGAAGGUGAACCACUGAGAUCAGUCACAUGACUGAACAAGAACAACACGCGCGCACUCUCGUACGUUUUACAUGUCUCAAAUGAAACGGGUCGGGUUUACAUUUUAAGGAUUCACAAAGUGAGGCAACUUCUCAAGCCGUACAGAUUUCGCGCCCAUAAGCAACGGACCAGGCCGAGCCCACCCCGGUAGCUAGUUUGAUUGAUAACUAAGUGAAUAGGCCAACGCCUAAACCACUGAGCCAACUGCGCAGUUGGCUUAGUGGUUUGGGCGUUGGCCUGUCCCCUUAUCAAUGGGCAUAGAGAUCAGCCUACCCGCACUGGGUGUAUUAUAUAAGCCAACAACGCAAAGACCCGCGAGCGUCGUCUCAUGAUCAAGAAAAACCAGGCGAGGCCCUCGGACAUUCUUACUCUGCCGCCUCUUGUGGGUUAUCCUCGAUCGUUCUCAGCAGCAGCCGCACCCCCAUCAUCGUCAUCCAGCUGGGCCCCGUCGUCUCGCUGCUGAUCAGCCGCCAGCUGGAGACGGGCCGUCGGCUAGGUCUUGAGUGUCAUUGCUGGGGCUUGUGUCGAUGGCAGCAGGAGUCCCCCCGGCCUUUUUCUUGCUUGCUUUCUUCUCUUGUUUUGCUUUCAUCUUCUUGACCAUUUGGCGCAUGAGAGUACGGGCAGGAGGGCCGCGCUGUGCUUGGGGGGCUGUCUUCAGCAGUCGCCAACUGGGUCGCGCCUCCUCUUCCUCUUUCUGCAGCUUACGGACCGCAAGAGCUUCCCCCAUCUCUGGAGGCUCGUCCCCUUCUUCUGAAUCUGUGUCCCGGCCUCUGUUGCCUUGCUCCGCCAGUUUGUUCAUGCUGGUCAUAGCUGCAGGGCGCUCAAUAAAAUCGGGGCGAUCACGCCAGGGCGCGCCUUCUUGUGUGUUUGUUUUCGCAGUCUUCCACUUCUUGCCUUCUUCUUUGCCUGCGAGCGUCGCAACAAACUGCGCAGACCUUGGCCGCGUUUUAAGUCUAUUCCCCGUGGGGUCUUGCUUGCUUCGGACGGGUUCUGCGGUCUCUUCAUUAAUCGAAGCGAGAGGAGCUGCCCCCCGCAGCGCCGUAGCCAUUUCGGGGCACUCUGUCUUGGCUUCUAACCAAUAGAUGCUUGCGCAUGCUUUGUCGCCUUUGCGCUUCUUGCUAGUAUCUAUACUGCCUUGCCCUCUGCAGAUUGGUCUUCCGCGUCGCGUGGUUCUUACUUUCCCGCCCUACAUUCGGACAAGGUCAUAACCCGCAGGGCCAUCUAGUGCGUAGUAUUGCCUGCUGCCCUCGGGGAUUUCUCGGCGAUGUCCUUGCUGAAUGCAUUCCAAGGCCGAGGCCUCGGCUGAAGCUCCUGCAGGCCGCUGGCUAAUACCAUCGGCGGGCACGUCUUCCGCCUGGUCGCGCCAUUGAACCGCCACCAUGUGAAACGGCCCAGAACGAGGGCGGCGCUCUUAAGUGACUACAGCGAGCAGACUGCUCCGCGAUUAUCUCACACACGUGACACCAGGAAGACGCUUUCUUUGGCGGAUCAGCGUGGUCGGCGGGUGCGUGUCGAGAGGGAGACCACUGGGAGAGACCAGAAGAGAACGCUGCGCGGGAAUGUUUUAGAGGAGUCGCAGGGCCCUUGCGUUGUGGUGUGUCUCUUCUGGUUCUUGCUGGUGGCGGGGCUGGCCGCUAUUAUAACUGGGGGUAGAUUAGUAGCGCAGGGGUCAGCCCCUCACGCGGUUCCAGUACUGGGCGCUUUUUGAAAAACACCACCAGGCGGACGCGCACCCGACCAGAGUCUGGGGCAAAAUCUGGCUAAGACAAGCGGCCGCGUGGGAUCGCAGGGCGCGCGCUUGCCCUGAGCUGUUGCGGCCUUGCUUCGCUUCGGGUAGCUUUUCUGCUUUCCUCGUGACGUGUCGCUGAUGCAUUUGUGAGGGAUUCGGCGGCGGUCUUUGUGUGUGGCUUUGUUCUUUGUCCUUAAACUCUGCAGAGGGUUCUCGGGUGUUGAAUUCUGCGGCAGCGGACCAACAGAGACGACCGAGGAAGCGCCUGGGCUUUUUCGGUCGUUUUUUUCGAUCGGUUCCGCUUCUCGUGGGGAUUGCGCCUCAUCUUUCGGCGCGUGUUGUUUGCGAUCCUUGGGCUGUACGUGGACGAUUUUUCGGGCAUCGCACCAGCUCGCCUCGCGCAGGAGCUGCUCGAUUGCUUCGCUCUGUUUUUGGAUCAACUUGGCGCUCCGUAUGCCAAGCGCAAAGUCAAGAUUGGGCAUGAGGUCGAGGCGCUCGGCUUGCUGUUUAACGUGUCCGGGCGGCCUUUUUAUCAGGUUUCGCGUGAUAGAGUCGCUCAGAUUGUCAAGCUGAUCGAUUCCAUCUUCGCAGAAGGCAAGCGGGAGCCCGCUGCCGCGCGCAAACUGCAAGGGAGAGCGUUCUUCGUCUUCACUUCCCUUGUCGACAGAGCGACGAAUCCCGUGCUUCGUCCUCUCGUCAAUCUUUCUGAAGAAGUGGGCGAGGCCUCCUGGCUCACGUUUAGGCCCAAACGCUGCCUAUCAAUCAUUAAGUUCCUGGUCCAGCAGCCCAUCCGGCGUUACGCCAAGUGCUGCGCGUCAGCGAACGUUGGCAACAUCAUUUACGCCGACGCGUUCUUCGCAGAUGCGGAAGGCCGCCCAUCGGGGGUCAAGGUAGUCAUCAAUGAAGAUGGCACUUUCAAGCUCUUGCGGUUCACGUUUUCGCUAACUAAGUCAGAGCUACGUCCUUUAUGACACAAAAAAGGCACUAGUCCUAGAAAUUUGUAAAUUUGAUAGGUGCCACAACUAGGCGAGUGCCCUGAGUUGCGGCAAGCUAGUGGCGCCUUUCAAGGGGCCGCAGCUCUUUGGAAUGCCUCGCGCGUUUUUGGCGCCUGAUAUCGGUGCCCGCGCUCCUGCCUUUCUGCGCCACUUGGUGGCACUGUGGCGCUCCCUGGAAUACGCUGGCGGUGUCAAGCUGGUCACCCUGCUCGCGUGGGGGUUCGCUGCGAUGCAGAUAAGCGGCGACGGCGUGGCUUCGUUAGUUACGCCUUGCGUGCAAGGUUCUACUCAUGACGACCCAACGCCUUGGUGAGGCCAGGGCUCGCCAUGGCGCUGGCUGGACUGGGGUUCCGGCGUCGUCUGAUGGGCUGCAAAAGGCGCCACUUCGUGGCACCUUUUGCAACCCAUUAGAGCACUUCUUUUCUCGAUCAAAAAUAUCCCGAUUCUAGUGCGGCUUGUGGUGAUCCUAAAUUGUUAGAGCAUUUUUUUCUAGUCUUGCUAGAAAAAAAUGCCCAUUUUUUUAGGCUCACGCGCAUUAGAGUCUGGGGCUUUGCGGUGUCGAAGAAAAAAGCUCUAAUGCGGUUGAAAGUGGCACCUUUUCGCGUCAUUUUCAAACCCAUUAGAGAGCUUCGCUCUUCCCCUUGAGAAAUGUUAGAGCGUUUCAAGAUAAUGCCUAAGGUUCUGUCGCCUUUUAAUGAGGCUAGGAAGUGGGCCAGCGAUCUCCCAGGGGAAGCCUAGGGCCCGCAGCGGUCUGCUGGCCCCUGCUCUCCCGCGCCAUUUCUGACGCUGGUGCUGCACUGAAAAGGCAGGCGGGCAGGUGACUCCUGCUCUUGCUGGGGGAAAGGCGCGGACAGGGUGAACGCUUGGCCGCCUUCCCCAGAGUGGCCAUCGGUCGACCCCUCUAAAGAGCCACGCAGUUCCGCGAUAGGGGCAUACGCCAUCGGUGCGGCGUCUACGUAUUUUACAAAAAAUUAGGACUAGUGCCUUUUUUAUUUCAUAUCCUUGCACGGGCAGACAGCCCAUUUUCUUUUUAGAGACGCUUGCGCCCUCGUUGGCAGUUAGAGUUUUCGCUGAACAUGUUAGCAAUUCACUCCGCCCACAACUUUGCGACUGAUAACGAGGCUGCCGAAUCUUGCUUGCUUAGUCAGAGUACUCAAAGAGCUCAUAUGUCUUCUGCAGCCUUUUUGUUUUGGUCGUCCUUGUCCUUAUGCGAGGCAGUGCUUGGAUCUCUCGCGUUCCCUCUGCUCUCAACGUUGCAGAUAUUUUCAUUCGCCUAGACAAACUCGAACUUGCGCUCCGUUUAUUCCUUGGCCUUUUCGAAAAAGUAAAAUUAUCUGAUGAAGAUGCCAGCUUUUGCAAAGGCGCCAUGAAGUUAGGCCCCCACUUACUUUCCAGGCGCGUUGGUUCAGCUAGACAAAUCUUUUUCCCAACCACAUGAAGACAGUCACGACGAUAAGAACGGCGACAGUCUGGCAGAGUGAUUCGCUCAAGUAGAGGAGCAGUGUGUCUCAGUCGAUCCACAUAGUGCAAUCCUUUUUCGUCGUCGCUUUUCUCUCCACGACUCGAAAUUUCGUGUCGCAUUGCUCCAGGGGUCCGGUAUUGAGCUACAAAUAGCGCUCUACAGACGCGUAGAACUCACUUUGUCAUCUUUCGGGCCUUUUCUUGAGAGGUUCACUUGUCGGGCGCCCGUCUCCGCGGCGCGAGUUAUCUCAAUGCGUCAGGUUUGUAGUUCAAUACGCAGACUCCAAAGGAAUAAAUCUGAGGAACUGGCGGCAAGUGCUGCCCUCGGCACCUGUGGCCUGUAGUGCGGACCUUUGGCAGAUAUGUGCCCGCCUUACCUCUGCGAGCCCCUGCGGCUCUUACUUGCUGAAGGCUGAUCUUGGAGCCAGAUGGCCGGGGGCUGUGAGCUCCUACCCAGAUGCAACAUCUCAAGCGCGCCGCCCUUCCUUUGCCGUGGUCUCUGGCAGCUGAAUAGGCUGGGGGGGCGCCAUCCCUCCGGGUGUUGCGACUGUCUCCGCGGGUGCUGUUCUUGCUCAUCUUUCUCUUUCGCCGGCCAUAUCGCGGAAGGUGUGAAGACUUUAGCUGCCUACUGCUAUGCAUCGCAGGAAGAAGCGUUAUCGUUGUCGUUUUUUUGAUUUUUUCAGAUUGAUUGGGGUAGCAAAUUCCAGGCACUGGCGGGACGCUGUGCGCGUGGACAUAAGAACGGAGGGGCGCCAGCAUUCGCCGCUCCCUCUUGGCGCGUCUGUGGGUGGGCUGCGCUUGCCAUGACUCAGACAACAAACCAGCGGCGCCGCGCGCGCUGCUGUCCUGCUCUGGCUGCUGGGUGGUGCUGCGCUCUCCGGGAGGCGCUUCCAGCAGUGGCAGACGCGCAUGCGUGUAGCUUGUUUCCUUGUCCCCUCGCGGAUCUGGGGCCCGAGUGUCAGGGGAUGGCCCGCAGCCUUGCUGCUUGCGGCCGCUCCGCCACCUCUGGCGCCCCACCUUCUCCGACCUCUAGCGACUCGGCGCCCCCUUCCUGCUGUGGCCGCUCUGGUCCUCUAGCCGGGUCGGAGGUGGUCCGCCACCCCAGUCCGCCGACCCCUCCAAACACUCGCCAGAAAAACGAUAGCGAGCAAGCAGAAAAGACGCCCGCCCGUCAUCCGCUUGCCCGUCGAGGUUCUGAAAAUUUAGCGUGUGUCUUUGGGCUUCGGCGAGCAAGAGUGUCGGGCGCUAGAAGCGUCAUCGCCUAUCUGUCGGGCGCCAGAAGUCUUAUCAAAUGGGGCCCCUGAAAACAAGGACCCCCCUCGAACACCCCCUCCAACUAACCCCUUCAGCCGCUCGCGCGUCUGCGGCUCUCGGUCGGCUCCUCGCCUCCUUGGAUCUUGAGCGAAGUGGCGUCGCGGCUUCCCCUCGAUCGGCUUGGCGUUUCAUAUUGCUUGCCCCCAGGAAUCACCCCAAUGAUUGCCAGCGGGGCGGCUUUCCGAGUGCGCCGAGCUUGGUGCCCACGAUGGGCUACUUUUGCGGAUAAUUUUGCAGGGCCAGGCCACGCCAUUGCCCCACGGGCGUGCGUAAGCGGAGGCCGCGGCCUCUGAGCUUAGCGGCACCAUCAUGCCCGGCCAUGAUUGAAGGGCCGCGUCAGGUCAACGGGAGGAGGAGCGCAGCGUCUGCUGCGGCACCUCGUGGAGGGAGGGCCGGCCUGCCCGUCGCAAGGUGGAAAGCCCCGGGAUCGCAGUGCCCCGCGUCGUGCUUUUAUCAAAAAUUAAAAAAAACGAUAAUGAUAACGCUUGUGCUCGCAAUACUAUGCGAAAGCAUUUGACAAACAGCAGGCGAGAAGCCUAGCAGUAGAACACUUGCAACGUCCACCGACUGAGAUACCGGCCAGCUGACUACGCCACUAAAAUGAACAGACUGAAGACGCCACCACAUCACGCACGCAACUCGGGGAGAUUACUCGGGUCAUUAUUACCAGCGUGCGGGCGAGGCGGAUGACAUGGCUGCCUCUAGGGUAUGGAUGAAGGUGGUGGCUACGCCUGGGCUGCUGCUGCUGAUGAUGAUGAUGAGGAUGAUGACGAUGAGAACGGGCAGGGGGCUCGGGGCUUUGGGGGCUUUCACGGUUCUGGUGGAACGUUGUGGGGAUCUCUAUGCAUGGGAGGAGCGAGGAACGAGGCCGGGCGAGUUGAUUGAAAUCAGAACCAUGGACGAGGAUCGAACUGGACCGGGGUCCUCGUGCUGACUCGUCACGGAGUGGCGACCGUUCUGGGCUUGUGCUUACUUACACCCACACAGGCACACACAAGGACGCCUGCGCCUGACAGCUCAAGCGUGGCCGCUACUUGUCAGCUGCUUGCGCCUCGCUUUGGUGAUGGAUUUGCCAGCCGCUGCGGGGUUCGAUUCGUUUCGGCUUCGGCUUGUGCAUGGAUUCACACGCGCCAGCGAUCGACACGAAAGAAGCGGAAAGACAUAACGCCGCUGGCCAAGACUCGCAGGCCCACUCUGGCAGGGGUCUCAUGGCAGCGGAGCACGCUUGCGCCCGUGCGUGGAACUGAGCCGUGCCAAGGACAAACCCCAAGAACACCCCAGGCACUGACUGCAAACACAUGACACCCCCACACCUGUGGCAGCGCAUGGCAACGCUGCCAGCUUUAUCAAAAGCCAACUUUUGAAAACGCGCCCCCCGUGUAUCUUGCCAGUCCCCAAAAAGCAAAAGGCUGGCGACGGCCCUGCGCGUGAUUUCGAAAGUGGAGCCUCAGAGGCCAGGUGGGCCCAGCCUCUGAAAGUAUUAGGGAGGUCGUUCGCCUAUGGAGUCGCUUCUGCGCUUCCCACUCGGUUGGCCUUAAGCCUGGGGGCCUGUGGCAGUUGUGUCGUGUUGUGGCCUAGGUUGUGGGAGAUGUGUCCCCCCUUGAGCUGUGGGGGUUUGUUGCGUUUUAGGUUGUCGAAGUUGUGUGCUAAUUUAUACGAAGCAGCCGCGUGGAAAGGUCGCAGCUUAUUCUUUGGCGGUUCGAAUUUGAACGCCAUGAGACUCCGGAGAAUCGCGCGGGCUUUAUGAUGUCCAAACUUGAACGGCCUGCGGGUGGAGCUGGGCCUUUUCGUAUGCUUUCUGUCUGUGCACAGCUCGCCGCCUCUACCUCCCCCACAACUCGCCGCGGCUCCUGCAAUUAGCUCCCCCAAACCAGGGCACAGCUGCUACAACUUUCCACAGCUUAAAAGUAAUAAAGUGCAGUCUGUGCAUAGGCGUAGAGGGCUUGGCUUUUUCUAAUGUUUAUAGUAGAACGAACGGGCGGAGCUUGAGGACGAUCGCCAGACACAGAGGAAGCGGCGCCUGGCACUCUUCGGGGGUCAGCGUUCUGCCGCUGUUUUUCAUCGGUCAGCACUCAGCUGGCGGCAGCGCUUCACCUUUGACCGCGAAACACUUCCCAGGGGCUGCGCCAGUGUGCUCCCGGGGUUUUUUCUUUUUCAAGCCAGUGCUUGGCUUUGUUUUUGCUCUUAUUUGAUACGGUCAGAAGAUCCCCAAAACUCUUGAUGCUCUAAAAGUUCAUGAGUAUGAAGGCCGUGAAUUUCUUCAGUCUUAUGCUGUUCCAAUUCUAUGCGCCUCAUGCAUGGCGAUGAAAAUAGUGAAGAACAUGAAAACCAGCAGGAUGAUCCAGAUCAAGACCAGGACAACAGAAGAACAAGAGCAAGAAGGUGAACCACUGAGACCAGUCACAUGAUUGAACAAGAACAACACGCGCGCGCUUUCGUACGUUUUACAUGUUUCAAAUGAAACAGGUCGGGGCUACAUUUUCAGGACUCACAAAGUCAAGCGAGGCAGUUUGUCAAGCCGUACAGGUUCCGCGUUCAAACGCAGCGGACUACUGAGCUACGAGCCCCUAUAUGCCUCAAGUAUUUAGCUACUUACAAACAGGGCCCAAAAGUUUUUUGCUUGUUUUUUUCGUCUUCAGUUUUUUUUUGGUAGUCCGAUUUCAAGUCGGCUCUUGGAAGUUCUCCGGGGGCGGGUAAGCAGACCUUCUGGCAGCGAGAACCUUCACAGAGCAAAAAGGUUGCCCGACUGAUCUCUUAGUGGCGGAGGCUGAGGGCAAAGCUGGGGGCAUGUCGAUGCCGGAGAAAGUGCUGGAGCGGUGGGGGGGAAUGGACUGGCUGAAAGGGUGCCCCACGGCAACCUUGGCGGCGAUUCUGUAAAACCGUAAAGGUGAAGAGAGGCCGAGGGCCCGGCUUGUCGUUCUUGUUGGCUGAUGGGAUCCGUAUGGCCAGCAAGAGCCACACAGCCCAGCGCCCCCGCAGGUUGGUAGUCGGCUAGUCUUCACUGGGGAAGCGCGUAGAACAGAGGGCGGGGCCGUAUCUUUUACGGUGUCGGGGGUGCGUCUCUUCGUGGCUCUACCUAGAGACCGCGCGGCCCUCCUCUCUUCUGGGGCAGUGGCGUGAAGCUGAAGGACUGGACGGCCAUGACGCUGGGAGUGACAGCGGGCGCCUCAUGGAUUUCCGGCGCCGCCCCGCUUAUGGCAGACACAGCACGCCAAAGACCUCCAAGAGAGAUGGGACGCGGGGGCGGGGCGGGCUUGCUCAGUCUUGGCGCCUGGCGUGGGCUCUGCGGGGCCUUCCUUCUGGCGACCUCAUUGCGGUGGCGUGCGUGUUUGCGGAUGGUCCCAUCUUAGCCGCGAAGCAAGGGCGGGGGGGCUUUCGGGUGACUUGGCUGAGAGGCUACGCGCCUCUAUUUCUCCGCGCUCCCAGGUACCUACUAGACUAAGGCGCCACGGCAAGCGACUGACCAGGAUGGCGCUUGGCUUCGCUUCGACAUGAUUGGGGCAGACGUUCACUACAGUGCCCAAAAAAAUUCGGCGGGGAUCACGGUGGCGACCUGGUGCCUAAGCUUGCUAAGAAGUAGAUGCCUAAGGGCACCAGCGUGCGUGACCAAACCGUGGCGCGGGAGGCAGAAGCCGAGGCCCCCAAGAAAGGCGCGGGGACUCGGGGACUGCAGCUGCUUGCUUUCUCUUGCUCUUGGUGGGGCACUUCUUGGCUAGGAUUCGCCCCAAAUUGAGCGCAAUACCUGACAGGCAGCUGGCUCCUUGCUUUACAGUGGACAACUACGGCGGGGCUGGGCUUGGCUUCACUCGUGUGGGGAAUUCCUUGGCGUGUGCGGGAAAUCGUCCGCCAACUAAAGCAAUCGCCGCGGCGUGUAGACGUGUGCUAUGAUCGUGGGUGGCUCUUUGGGUGGGGGGGUUUCGUCAUUGUAGUCCCUGGCAAGGACAGGAGCCCAGGAGCCUCUCCAGGGGCCUCCGUCGUCAUCUUGCGAGUGCUCAGGCUUUCAGCGAGAUGACUGAAUAGGUGAAGGGGCUCGCGCUGCAGUGUUCUCAUGGCAUCCCAUCGACCCAGAGCUUUGGCGACGAAGCCACAAGCCGCGAGGCUACGCCGUUAGGCCCCAGAGUCGAAUAGGCUUCGGGAUUGGUGGCGCAUGGCUACGCUGUGGGCGUCCAGUGUUGUGGAAAUAUGUGGCCCAGGCGGUGUGAGGUGGCUCUGCAUGCGAAGCGGAGACUAGUAGUUUGCCGACCCUUCCUCGCAAGGUCUCGGCGCUCUCUUCGGGGUGGUGCAUGCGGUUCGGCGCUUUUUUGGAGGUGAAGGAACUGGAGACCCGAUGCCGGAGAUUGGAGGAGGCGACAAAGCUAGAGAACUCCUGCUCUGACUGUGAUGGCUGUGGCGAUGAUUAGGGCCAAGCGAAUGCCCUCAGGCUCAGCGACGUACCGAAAAAAAGUAGGCGCAUAGAUUGAGGGCUGCGUGAUAUCUAUGCAAAUACGUGGCGACGGGCAGCGCUUUUGCUAACUUAUGCCGUCAUAGGCUUGCGGAGGGGUGGCGAUUCGGCUAAAAGUUCGACUUCGGCCAGUGGCUUGCUAUACAAAGGCGCCGCGCAUAGUCAAAGCAUACCAUGAGGCGAGGGGCUAGCUUAUCUAGGUGGUGUCUUCUGGCUUAGUUAUGGGGCUCCAUACUGGGAACAGGAGGGCACGUUCUACACCGUCAAAGCCAUCCAAAUCGGAAGGCUUAGCUCCCAACUGAGUCGAACACCUUCAAAAACGGCGACCGCGCUUGCGUGUUAUCGUCUUCCAGCAUGAACGCCGUUACAUGCUGACUCUGUUGAGCGUCGUGAACUUUUUUGGCUUCUCAAGUUUUGGCAGUAAGAAAAGGACACAAAAGCACACAGCACAGCACGGCAGAGGACACGUCUCAGGAUAUCGGUAAAGCUUAAAGGCCUACUUACAAUCAUGGGGCCAGUGCUGACAAUUGAAGGGGUGAAGAAUGAGAAAGGCGGACCGCUACCAAUACCAAAAGGAAAGCCGCCGCGUGUAAAACUAAAAGAAACUGGCUAAGUUUGCUCGCUCGGCAUCUUCGCUCAAAGCUUAGAGCAGAGUCCUAGCUAUUGGGGGGUUGUUCCGCUUCUCUCUCUUCUUCUUCGGUCGCUUCCUUUGUUUGGUGGACUGGAGGGCGUUGCAGCUAGCUGGUACUGGUUGCGCGUCGUUCUGUUUGCGUUUGAAGGGUGAGCGUCGGCCCCCAAGCAAACUCUGCGGCAUCUAAUCUUAAGCACGGGACGGGCAUAGAGAUCAUCUUGCCAGCAUUAUCAUUAAGAUUAAAACCAACGAACAGCGUCAAGACUCGCGGGUGUCAUUCAUGGCCAAGGAAACAAACAACAGGGGCAAGAGGAUCAACAUGACAGCAGCAGCAAGACCAGCAGCACCAUCACCACCACCAUCAUCGCCAUCAUUAUCAUCACCAUCCUCGAGAUCAGAGUCGUAGGGCCCUUAGGGCUUUUCUUGUGUGAAGCAGAUGGCUACUCAGAUGAUGGAAGUAGAUGGCCGCAAUCUGGUUAGCCUAGCUCUAGCUGGGUGAGGGGCUUUACGCUUGAGGGAUCGCAUUUCACUCCACGAAAAUGAAAACAACAAAAACCAGCUACCUUGUCUGCCCAUUCUUACGCGCUCUGUGCUUGUGCAGAUCAACACUAGUCACAGGACAGGGGUGGCAUCGCGCUGGAUGGCGAAGAACGUCAGGCCACCCCGAGCCGGGCCACUGCGCUGCCCUCCGUCUUUAUCUAAUUUUUUCGCAAGUGGAUUCGCCGCAGGCUUUUUUAUGACGGCACUACGGAUCAGAUUUUGGCGAUACUUGUGUUUCAUCCUCUUGGACUUGGUGCUGCUGCUGCUGCUGCUGGUGGUGAUCGUGCUUGCCCUGACGACGCCAUCAAGAUGAAUUCCUUAAAAUGGAAAGACUGCGUUCGCAAACGUAUUGAAGAGCGCGUGAAGAUGAGAGAAACGAAGAGGGAAAAUCUCAUGAAUCCCAAUAACGGCGCUCAGCUGCAGGAGGACAAGUAUAAGUACCAGGGGUACCUUGUUGAUGAUUUUAACACUUUUAGCCAGGAGUUCCUGGAGAACGUCUUCUUUUCCUUGGUGCUGAACGGGGUCGUUGAGCUCGGUGACAGGUCCUGGACCAAUCACUGGGUCAUCGGGGCAUUCCAUACAGGUUCUCAACCUUGACAAUGAUGAGGAGGCAGAGCAGAGACUUCUAACACUACGACGAGCACUACCUGGUACUACUUCUUCUAGCGCCACUAAAUAUUAUUACGAGGAGGAUGGCCCUCUUCUACUUUUUCAAGAAGUAAGAACUUACUGGUCAAGAACGUCUUCUGCUUCUUCUAGCAUCAUCGAAGAUGAGGAGCGUCUUCUUAUAUUUUUUUAACAACUGCUAGCUGAGGUGGAACGUCUCCCACUCCUUCUAGCACCACCGGGGAUGAGCGUCUUUUGUGUCUUUUAGCAUCAUCGAAGAGGAACACGACCUUCCACAUCUGCCCCUACUCAGAUGGUGAAUAGCCUUCUACUACUUCUCACGAUGCUCCUGAAAAAAUGAACUUCUGGCAGUGUUGUCACGUCGCUGCUGCGCAUCUUCUUUUUCGAGUACUACUAAAGACCACGAGGAAAGUUUUCGACUUCUGCCACUGCCGAAGGCGAAGAGCAUCUUCUGGCACUUCUUCUAGCACUACUGAAAACGGGAGCGCAGUGGCGCGCCCUCUUCUUAUAAAUAUAAUUUUUCAAGAACUGCUAGCUGUUGUUGUAGAACGUUUUCUGCUUCCUCUAGCAGCACGGAAGAUGGGGAGCGUCUUCUGAUACUUUUUCAAGAACUGUACUGCUACCCGAUGUGGAACAUCUUCUGCGUCUUCUAGAACCACCGAAGAGGAGUAAUCUUGUUCUACUGCUUCUCACGAUGCUCCUGAAAAAGUGAACUUCUGGUAGUGUUGUCACGUCGCUGCUGCACAUCUUCUUCUUCUAGUACUACUCAAGUCCAUGAGGAAAGUUUUCGACUUCUGCCACUGCCGAAGGCGAAGAGCAUCUUCUGGCGCUUCUUCUAGUACUACUGAAGACGGGAGCGCAGCGACAGCGUCCUCUUCUCAUCGAUACAAUUUUUCAAGAACUGCUAGCUGUUGUUGCGGAACAUUUUCUGCUUCCUCUAGCAGCACGGAAGAUGGGGAGCGUCUUCUGAUACUUUUUCAAGAACUGUACUGCUACCCGAUGUGGAACAUCUUCUGCGUCUUCUAGAACCACCGAAGAGGAGUAAUCUUGUUCUACUGCUUCUCACGAUGCUCCUGAAAAAGUGAACUUCUGGUAGUGUUGUCACGUCGCUGCUGCACAUCUUCUUCUUCUAGUACUACUCAAGUCCAUGAGGAAAGUUUUCGACUUCUGCCACUGCCGAAGGCGAAGAGCAUCUUCUGGCGCUUCUUCUAGUACUACUGAAGACGGGAGCGCAGCGACAGCGUCCUCUUCUCAUCGAUACAAUUUUUCAAGAACUGCUAGCUGUUGUUGCGGAACAUUUUCUGCUUCCUCUAGCAGCACGGAAGAUGGGGAGCGUCUUCUGAUACUUUUUCAAGAACUGUACUGCUACCCGAUGUGGAACAUCUUCUGCGUCUUCUAGAACCACCGAAGAGGAGUAAUCUUGUUCUACUGCUUCUCACGAUGCUCCUGAAAAAGUGAACUUCUGGUAGUGUUGUCACGUCGCUGCUGCGCAUCUUCUUCUUCUAGUACUACUCAAGUCCAUGAGGAAAGUUUUCGAACUUCUUCUAGCACUACUGAAGACGGGACCGCAGCGGCAGCGUCUUCUUCUUAUAUAUUUAUAAAUAUAAUUUUUCAAGAACUGCUAGCUGUUGUUGCGGAACAUUUUCUGCUUCCUCUAGCAGCACGGAAGAUGGGGAGCGUCUUCUGAUACUUUUUCAAGAACUGCACUGCUACCCGAUGUGGAACCUCUUCUGCGUCUUCUAAAAUCGAUGCUCCCAAAAAAGAUGAACAGAGACAGCAUUGCAACCUUGGCGAAGACCUGUGAGGAAGAGCCGGCUUGUUGAAGCCUUAUCCUUCCACCGUUACUUUCAAGAAGAAGCCUCGACGACAACUCAUUUGUCUCCCAUCUCCACCUACCAUCUCACCUCAACAAACAUUCUAGCCUCUCCUGCUACCUCCAUGGUGAUUCAGCGAACAUUCGAAUGCAGCAACAUCCCAUCAUGAUCAUCUUCAGGUUGACUAAACAUCAACUACAUUUUGAUGUCUGUUAAAGAUGAAAAUAGCAAGAUCUUCUUCAUAUCUUCUAGGCCUGUGUUUGAAAGUAUCGAGACUCAGUAUCUCGUGGUAGGAGUUCAUCUACAACAAGAU